AUGACGGUGCCCAGGUGGGAGCGCGCAGCCUGGCUGCUGCUCUGCGCGGCGGGGCUGGCGCUCUCUAUUUACGCCUUGCACGUGGAGACUUCCAAGGAGCGCGACGCCGCCUACCGGGCUAUGUGCGACAUCAACCCCGACAUCAGCUGCUCCCGCGUCUUCACCUCCAGGUGGGGUCGUGGUUUUGGCUUGGUGGCAGACCUCCUGGGACCUCACAGCCUCUUCAAUCAGCCAAACAGCAUUUUUGGGAUUAUUUUCUACAUUCUGCAGAUACUUCUGGGUUUCUUUAACCACAACCUGGCAGCCAUUACUCUAGUGGGCUCUUCGUUGGUCUCCAUUGCUGGAUCUCUCUACUUGGCCUACAUCCUCUUUUAUGUGCUCCAUGAUUUCUGCGUGAUUUGCAUCAGCACCUACAUUCUCAACUUUGCCCUCCUGUUUAUAAACUACAAGCGCCUCGGCUACCUCAACCGUCCACCCCAGCUGAAGGCAAAAGCUAAAAGGCGCUGAAUUCCACGUCCUUUAGGCCUGGACAACCUCUGGACCUUGUUUUUGAAGGUGACCAAGUAGACUUAGAUCGUUUAGACACCAUCUUCGUCUUCUCUGCCCAGGAAGUCAUGUUUUUCAGCAUGUCUCCCAUUGUCCUUCAGACUCCAAACAUCUCAACUACCUGAUUUCUACUAACUGGACCCAAAAUGGAAGCUACCUUGGAUGAUGCAAACCAAAAUGGAGCUGUUUUGAUUUUACAACUUGUUAAGUGGCAUUUUUUUUAAGCUCUU